UCACUUCUUCAUAUCUCUAAUUCACACACUCUACAUCUUCUUCUUCAAUUUCGUCCUCUAAUUUUCUUUUAAAUCUCCACUAAAUAUCUUUUUUCUGAUGAAAAAAUCAAAUUGUAAUAGCCAUGUUCAAUAUACCAAUUUCUCUUUCUGAAUUUUUUCUUAACCUAUUUAGGUUAGCUAUGUCCAUAGCUGAUCCCUGGCCUUUUUCUUGAAACCCCAUCACUCACACAAAAAAAAAGUCUUCUUAUUUAAUUUUUUUCAGCUUUUCCUGGUACAUAAAUUUAUAAAAAGAUGCGCAGGUUCCGAGGUUUUGUUCUCAAACACCGGGUCACUACAAUUUUCCGAUGCGUGUUCCGGCGACGGAGAUCGGCGGCGAGGUACCGCCGGCUGGACCCACUUCCGUGUUGGGGUACUAAUUCAAUUUCUAGGUUCUUGAGCUGGACCCACCGUCUCAAGACGAGAGCCAAGGCUGCUAUUUGCAGCAAGUCCCAUUAUUCCGGGUCGGGUAGGGGUUACAUGCAUGUCGGGCAAGAUUCGAUUCGGGAGGAAAGUGUAACGGUGCCGAAAGGUCACUUGGCGGUUUAUGUGGGUCAGAAAGACGGUGAUUAUAAACGGGUUUUGGUUCCUGUAAUAUAUAUAAAUCACCCUUUGUUUAGUGAGUUGUUGAGAGAGGCUGAAGAAGAAUUCGGGUUCAAUCACCCGGGUGGUAUAACGAUUCCUUGUCGGAUCUCGGAGUUUGAGCGUGUCCAGACCCGGAUCCAACAGGGUCGGGUCGGGUAACCCCGAAAGGUGUGAACCCAAGUGGUGAUAUUAUUUGAUGAUGACGAUAAUUAUUCCAGAGACGGUUGGAGGAGUUGUUUUAAGGGAAUUUUGUAGUUUUUUUAAAUCCUUUUUGUUUUUGUUUUUUGUCUUUUUUAAUUUUAUUUUCGGAGGUUUCAUUUGUUAUGUAAGAAUAGUUUGUUAAUGUACAGUUAGUUAUAUAGGAAACUUCCGAUCUCUUUCUGUG